UUUCUGUCCUCCUAUUGGUUUCAUGUCACUUUCGUUUCCGACGCCCCGGUCUGAGGCUCUGAGCUUACCCCGACCAACCGUAAAAUCCAAAGAAAAGAAAGAACUAAGAUCAUAGAGACAUCUCUUCUAAUCUAAACUGUUUUCUAUAUAGAACCCUAAAGUUUUUUCAGAUCCGAAGAAGUAGGUAUAUAGUUGGAGCGAUCGCAUAUCUGAGGAAUCUGUCGCCAUGAAUUCAAGAGGAAGGUUUGGUCCUGGCCCUCCUGGGACCAUGCACGGUCGUGGGUAUCCAUACGUUCAACCGAAUUACGUUCAGAGAAAUCCUUUGCAAUCGAAUCUACAGCAUAUUUCUCAACAACAAUGGCCUCGACACAACCAGCCCGAAGCCGAAACGGCUUCCAUAGACGAUAUAAAUCCGAAGGAGGAAGAAAAAAGGGUUCAAUCCGAAGGCAUCGACUUAAGUUCACAAAAUUGGAAGGCUCAAAUGAAACUUCCGGCCCCUGAUUCCCGUUACAAGACAGAGGAUGUUACGGCUACCAAAGGAAAUGAGUUUGAGGACUACUUUCUUAAACGGGAACUGCUUAUGGGCAUAUAUGAAAAGGGUUUUGAGAGACCUUCUCCAAUCCAGGAGGAAAGUAUCCCAAUAGCGCUGACUGGAAGUGAUAUUCUUGCUAGAGCCAAAAAUGGAACAGGGAAGACUGCUGCAUUUUGCAUUCCUGCACUGGAAAAGAUUGAUCAAAAUAAAAAUUCCAUCCAAGUGGUUAUUUUGGUCCCUACUCGGGAGUUGGCACUUCAAACCUCACAAGUAUGCAAAGAGCUCGGCAAGCAUUUGAAAAUUCAAGUGAUGGUAACCACUGGUGGAACUAGCUUAAAGGAUGAUAUCAUGCGUUUGUACCAGCCAGUUCAUUUACUUGUGGGAACCCCAGGUAGAAUACUUGACCUUGUGAAGAAGGGGGUUUGCAUCCUGAAAGACUGUUCAAUGCUUGUCAUGGAUGAGGCUGAUAAGCUUCUGUCUCAAGAGUUUCAACCUUUGGUGGAGCACUUGAUCACUUUUCUCCCUGUGAAUCGCCAAAUUUUGUUAUUUUCUGCAACAUUCCCGGUGACUGUCAAGUCUUUCAAAGAGAAGUUUCUGCCGAGACCUUAUAUCAUCAAUCUCAUGGAUGAGCUGACACUCAAGGGUAUAACUCAGUAUUAUGCAUUUGUAGAGGAAAGACAGAAAGUCCAUUGUCUCAAUACUCUUUUCUCUAAGCUCCAAAUAAACCAGUCUAUAAUUUUUUGUAACUCGGUGAAUCGGGUGGAGUUGUUGGCAAAGAAAAUCACUGAGCUGGGGUACUCAUGCUUCUACAUUCAUGCUAAAAUGCUCCAAUCUCAUCGAAAUCGAGUUUUCCACGACUUCCGUAAUGGUGCUUGCAGAAAUCUUGUCUGCUCAGAUCUAUUCACUCGGGGUAUUGAUAUCCAGGCAGUUAAUGUUGUCAUCAACUUUGAUUUCCCAAAGAAUUCUGAAACUUACUUGCACAGAGUGGGUCGAUCUGGAAGGUUUGGCCACCUUGGCCUGGCUAUAAGUUUAAUCACAUUUGAGGACCGGUUUAACCUAUAUAGGAUUGAGCAAGAACUUAGAACUGAAAUCAAGCAAAUUCCCCCACAAAUUGACCAAGCUAUUUACUGCAAGUAAUGUAGUGGACUUGGAUGAUGAGGAUCAUGGUUCAUAAAAAUGGAGUAUUUGCAAUGCAAAGUUCAGUCAAAGCAGUGUUCAGACAGCACUGGAACAGAUGAAGUUAUGACCAACCACCAUUGGGUUCUUAGAGAUUAGGAUCUAUGGAACAUCUCAACUGUGCUUCGUGUACAAAUUGCCUAUGCUCUUUUUGAAUUGUAACUUAUGCAGUGUUCAGCGCCCCACCACCCCAUCACCACCCAAAAAAAAAAAAAAAGAGUUAGAAACAUAAUGUAGUGUUUAUGGAACUGAAACCAUGGAAUCAGCAAGACAUUUAGUUUUUUUGUACUUCAUAGGUUUCUAUUACAUCACAAUUUUGCACCCGAGUGUUAUAAUGUUGGUUUGCAAUUUUUUUUAUGCAUAGAAAUGUAAAAGACAUGGAGCUGGAAAGACCAUAUCAAAGGUUUUUUUUUUUUUUUU